AUGGGAAACUGCAACCUUCGAAUGGACAACUACGAUCCCACAGUCAGCUUAAAUCGGCAGAAUUUUCAAUUCCAUUACCCAAUCGGCAAAGGAGGGUUCGGUAAAGUCUGAAAAGUGACGCAAAAAAAGAGCAAAACGACCUACGCUUUAAAAGAAAUGCUCAAAUCUCGAAUUAUAGCAAAAAGAUCUGCUCAUUCUGUUAUGAACGAAAGACGGCUUUUAGCGAUUCUCAGGCAUCCUUUUAUCGUUAAUAUGCACUAUGCAUUCCAAGAUCGCGAAAAUCUAUAUUUAUUCAAUUUUUCUUAAAAAAACUCUUAAAAAUCCAAUUUUAAAUAAUCUUAAUUUAUUUUAAUAAAGAAUAGUCAUGGAUCUUAUGCCAGGUGGAGACCUUCGCUAUCAUCUCAGCAAAGUUCACAAGUUUUCUGAGGAACAAACAAAAUUUUUUGUAGCCUGCUUGGUCAUUGCAUUCGAAUAUCUCCACAAAAAUAACAUAAUUCACCGAGAUAUCAAGCCUGAAAACAUUGUUUUGGACGAUCUUGGGUAUGCACAUUUGACAGAUUUUGGGAUAGCCAGGGUUUUUCAGCCUGAAAAUUCUAACGAAACUUCGGGGACUCCUGGCUAUAUGGCCCCAGAAGUUUUGUGUCGGCAAAAUCAUGGUUUUGCCGUUGACUAUUUUGCUUUAGGUGUUCUUGGAUUUGAAUUUAUGACUGGGAGAAGGCCUUAUUUAGGUAAGCUAGUAAAUUAAAGGCUAGGCUUACCAUAAGUGGCUAAAAAAAACCACUUGGCUCCAAAAGAUCUCUCUUUUGGAUGUCCAACCUGAACCACCAGUCCAAGAGAUAAGAUCCCUAGAGCAAAUCCACCUUCUGUAAGGUAAAGCCUGUCUAGCCCAUUUGGCAGAGGAUGGAAACCUUGGGAAGAACAAUCUCCUCUUUGGCAAGUCUUUCCAAAACCAAUUCCUACUUCAAAAGUGGCAGAGGCCCUGCUUUCACCUUCAUCAGGACGGGUCCUACUUCUCCAUAUCGCGCGCUUCAGAGUCCAAUGCCACCACUUUAUUUCUUUUAGGUAAGGAUAGAAAAGAAAUUAGAGAUGCAAUUUUGGCAAGACAGGUACAGUUAAAAAGAAGCGACAUACCUGAAGGCUGGUCCCUUGAAGCUGCAGAUUUUAUUAAUAUAUUCCAUUUUAUAGAGUAAAUUGGUAUUAAAAAUAAUCCAAAAAACAUCUAAAAAACGAAAAUUACUAUAUUUAAAAUCUGCAUUUACUAUAAAAAGAAUACUAUUUUGUGUUAUUUGUAGCUAUUUGCAUAUAAAAUAUAAACAUUUAAUCAAAAAUGAUAUAAAUUAAUACAAAGAAAGCCACAAAAUCGAUUAGGAUCACUUGGUGUAGAAGAAGUAAAAGAACAUGCAUGGCUUAGAGACGUCCAAUGGGAAAAAUUAUUCGAUAAAAAUCUGAACCCUCCCUAUAAGCCACCAGUCGCUGAUAACUUUGAUAGCCGACAAGUUAUGAACGGGUGGAAAGACGAAAUUUCUAGCAGCACAAAAGAAGCGUCAAAUCAGGGCCUAUUUAAUGGGUACUUUUACGACCUUAAUUUGCAAAGUGAAGGAGUUAACUAUACAACGGAUACUUCUAAGAUUGAGAAGAAAAUAUAA